UCACGUCGAUAUGACGUGCCAAAUGGUAAAUGGCUUCCACUCGGUCGAGCUAGGAUUUUAUGAUCGAGCCGAAAUCCAAUCCAAAGAAAAUACAUGCGAUAUGAUGCGAUCGGCCGCCGGAAUCAUAAAAAUAUGAUCGCCUGAGCGCCAUACGAUCGCGAUAGAGAUUAAUUUUUGGCCAAAACGCACCGGUCGUCCGCGAAUUAUGUGCUGAAAUUGCUACGUGCGAGGAACGGCAACUACGACGAGAACGGGACGACCGUUACGCGCUCACGUCGAUCCUACUGGUGCUGUUUUCGGGCCUGAUGCGAAGGACAACGAGGCUCGCCACGACGUUGCAGGAUAUAUAUCGCACUAGGUGACAUGCCCAGCACUCGUGAUAUUGAACGGGCCGAACGUAAUGGGAGAUUUCGCUCGCGAAGAAGAGGCAGCACGAGCAGCGACGUGAAUCGACAUAGCUUUGAUGGUGCUGAUAAGCGACACAGACGACAUGGAAAGAGCAAGAAUUCUGGAAAGAAGAAGAAGAAACGUUCACGAGACAAGUCAUUAGAGAACGUGCCGACUGUAGCUUCAUCGGUCGUUAAACCGUUGGUCGAGUAUUCCGAUGUAAGUAGCGAGGAUCUUUCGGAGCCGGAAGCGGGAGAGAUACAAUCAGAAGAUAGUCGCGCCAAUAGCUAUACGGAUGGGGAAGUACCUGAAUCGCUCCUUCAAAGGCGGUAUUAUGGCGGUAGCCCAGUACCUCGUACUCUCGGAGCUUCGCCCAUCAGCCUGUCGCCCUCACCACCAGUUCAACAUCGACACUCCAUCAGCAGGCGUUACUCCUCGCCGAACGAGCAACAGCAGCCGACGACGAUGCACGGUGCAACGACGCCGGAAUACGAGGAAGAAUCAAGACGGUACGCUCGACGGAAGGAAAAGAAGCAUAAACGCGAAAAAAAGAAGAAGAGAAGUCUGAGUCCCUUAUCGAAUUCGGGAAAGAAGAAGAAGAGGAAAUCCAAGAGACAUUCCGACAGCGUAAGCCCUCAUCACGUUGUUGUCGAGGACAUUAUUCUGAGCCCGGAUCGUGAAAAGCAACCAUCAGUCGCCGCCGGCACCACAAAUUGGUCGGAAUCGCCGCCGUUGCCGUUGAAGGAUAGCACAUCGCCGAUCUCGCCAGCGACGCCACAGGAGCACAGGUGUCCCAGUGACGACGUGGAACUGGAGAUGUCAAGGCAGACAUCUCGAAACGUGACCCCACCAUCUCUUCUACCGACACGGCAGACGGAAUCACCGCACACGCCACUACUGCCUCCGCGUGCCACGACGCCGGAAAACUUGAAUAAGGUCAUGUCCGCCGUGCCGAAACACAGUAGUCCCGAUCGACAGAAACGCAGUCCCAGUAUUCACGUGAUGCGGCGUACUAGUAUGAGUCCUGCACCCAUCGGUUCGAACCGCAGAAGACCGCAUAGCCCGAGCCCACCAUCGAGACGCAGAGAUCACAGUCCGCCGCCGCGAAGAAGAGACUUCAGUCCUACUCCGGUACUUCAUAGACUCAGGCAUAGCCCGAGUCCUACCACAAUCAGACGACGAGAAUUUAGUCCAAGCCCCGUCACAGGCAGUCACAGGCGCAGAACGGACAGUGUCAGUUCUCCUAAGCGCAGAAGACGAGACGAGUCUGAUAGACGCCAUCGACAUCACGACAAAGAUAGGCGGGACAAGCGGAAGUCAAGAUCGACUAGAAGUCCCACCGGAAGCAGAUUACAUCUGCCUCUAUCUCGAUCACGGUCCCGCAGUCCGCAAGGAAGAUGGCGAAAGCUGUCUCGUUCGAGAUCGCGUUCACGCAGGAGGAGUCGCACUCCGAAGAAAUCACGCUCGCCUAGCAAGUCUCACAAAUUGCUAAGAAAACAUAAAUCGAAAAGCCCGCGUCCUCGAAUACCUUCUCCUUCCCCUCAUAGAUCGCGAGCUAGGAGUCCGUCGAGCAUCACUGCUCGAAAUCUCCGAGUGCAAGCAAAGAUUAGCGAGACUAGUCUGUUUGCAGAACUCGUAAAAGAUCGAAACAUGAGAGAGUUGGCGUACAAAAAGUUGCAGGCCGCAAAGGAAAAGGCCGUGAAUCAGGACGAGGUGCAGAUUAUAGAAGGCACCGACGAGAGGGAUGAUUGCGGCGGCAACGUAUCCUCCGAGAAUAAAACUUCUAUUGACAAUAAGGACAGACUUAUAAAUCACAAAGAGCAGCAAGCAAGGGCUUCAGAGAGCACGGUUGACGUUGUCGACAUUCCCGUUCCGACGAUGAGCGAUGACGGCGCUCUAGUGGGUAAAACACCACCGUUGCCACCCAUCGGUCAAUCGAUCGCAGUUGCAUCUAAUUCGACGUCUGCGGUGGCGAACCCGCUUGCUCCUCACGCAAUUAUACAUACCUCACCCAACCCAUCAUCAUCAUCAUCAUCGAUGCCAUCCAAUAAUUGUCCGAUCACUAUGUCGCACAGUCCGAAUUUUCCCGCUCCCGCUCCAGGUGUACAACCACCACUACCGCCCCCACCACCAUUGCCGCAAUCCGCCGAUAUCGCAUCGACAGUUUUACCGCAAGUAUCUACGCCUGUCGUGCCCAUGUCGGUGCCGCCAAUUCCAUCGGCGCCGAUUCUACCCAAUAUGUCUGUUCCACCGCCACCCAUUCCGCCCAUUCCCGUUCCGGCACCUAACACAAUCAUGUCCAAGUUCAAUCCACAUAACAAUCUUGUACCAUUGAAAUCGGUGGAUCCUCCCAAGCCUCCCAUAGUAACGUUUACAACCAAAAGCCUGAAGAGAUUACCAUUGCCACCCGGCAUUAACCAGAACGAUUUGGAGAGCAUAGAUUCGCCUCCAAGUCGUUCUCCAACCCCUCCUAGCAAAACGCAAUCCAAAUUUUCGACAGCAACGACGCCAAAACCACCGCAGAAAAAGAGCAUCAAGGAUUUGCCGAUGCCACCAGUCGUACCUGGAUCGGAAGAUUUGAGCGGCGAAGAUGAUCCGAAUGCGACGCCGCCGCGUUUGAAAGUCGAACGAAUAGCGCCAAAACCCAAGCUGAAGAGACCGAAAAUAUUAAAGCGCAGAGGAUCGCGAAAUUGUCACGCUCCCAUGUCAGCUUCUGGCGGCAAAGAUUGGGGCGAACGAUGCGUUGACGUGUUCGAGUUUAUAGCGCAAAUCGGAGAAGGUACUUACGGACAAGUGUACAAAGCGCGAGACAAACGAGCCGGCGUGCUAGUAGCCUUGAAAAAGGUUCGCCUUGAAAACGAGAAGGAGGGCUUCCCCGUCACGGCGGUCAGAGAAAUAAAGAUUCUGCGGCAGCUGAACCACAAAAAUAUUGUUAAUCUUAGGGAAAUAGUUACCGAUAAGCAAGACGCGCUGGACUUCCGGAAGGACAAAGGUUCCUUUUAUUUAGUUUUUGAAUACAUGGAUCAUGAUUUAAUGGGCCUACUGGAAUCCGGCAUGGUGGAUUUUAAUGAGAUGAAUAACGCGAGUAUUAUGAAGCAAUUACUAGAUGGCUUGAAUUAUUGUCAUAGUAAAAAUUUUCUGCAUCGAGAUAUUAAAUGUUCGAACAUAUUGAUGAAUAAUAAGGGCGAAGUUAAGUUGGCCGACUUUGGUUUGGCACGACUAUACAAUGCAGAGGACAGACAGAGGCCAUACACCAAUAAAGUCAUCACUUUGUGGUAUAGACCUCCCGAACUUUUGCUAGGGGAGGAACGUUAUGGGCCCGCAAUUGACGUGUGGAGUUGUGGAUGCAUCUUGGGAGAACUAUUUUCGAAGAAACCGUUAUUCCAGGCCAAUGUAGAUUUGAUGCAGUUGGAAAUGAUUUCAAGAGUUUGUGGAACGCCCACUCCUGCUGUUUGGCCUUCUGUGAUAAAAUUGCCGCAUUGGCAUACACUUAAGCCAAAAAAACAGCAUAGAAGACGUCUGAGAGAGGAUUUCGCGUUUAUGCCAGGGCCAGCCUUGGAUCUUCUCGAUAAGAUGUUGGAAUUAGAUCCCGAGAAGCGAAUAACGGCAGCUGAUGCGCUCAAGAGCGCUUGGCUGAAAAAUGUUCAGCCCGAACAGAUGCCAGCACCGCAGCUUCCAACUUGGCAAGAUUGUCAUGAACUCUGGAGUAAAAAGCGGAAACGCUUGUUAAGGGAACAGCAAGAAAGUGCUGCGGCGAAGAUGCCUCUCCUUCCCUUCCCGAAUAAAGGAGGUUCCCACAAGGACGAUCUAUCAGAUGUUGGAGGUCGUUCGAAACGACGAUGGCAAUAGCGCAGAACAAUGGAAAAUAGAGAAGCACGAAACUGUCGUUCUCUGUUCGUGCUGCUUCGCUCUGCAGAAAAUGUUUAUUGUUUAUAAACGAUUUGAUUUUAUAGACUGCCUGUGUGACAUAUUUAAAUACGAAAAAUUUUCCAGCGAUAAUAACUUAUCACUAAGAAAUAUGUUAUAUUGUUUAACCCUUUGGCUGCUUGCACGUCAAACUGCUUUUUCUUAAGAUUUCAAACAAAUGGAAUAUGACUUUAUAUUAUUUUCGCAGCCAUUAGUAAAGAACGAUACGCCAAAGUCAAUUGAUUAAUUAUUUAAAAUUUUGAUUGUUUGCACUAUUGCAAAAAAUUCUAUAAACUUCAGCUAUAAAAUAUUAGCUUGCAUUUGUAGUUAAAGGGUUAAUUAUUUGCCUCACUUCCCUGUUCUCAUGUGUGAAACUAUUGGAAAUAAUUACAAUGAGAAUGACUGUUAUAAUUAUAUUAUCAUAGCUGAUCUAUAAUUUCUCAUAUAAUCGCCACUAAUAUGGUACAAACAUCUAUCUAUAUGAGAGAAAAGUAUAUAUCCUGAUAAUCACUGUGAUUCAGUCUACCAUUCGAUUCUAAGAAUAAUUGUAAAAAUUAAGUUAUCACAGUUUGCAGCUAUAAUUUAAUUAAUAUACAUGUACAUACCCAUCAAUAUAUUGUACAAGAAGAAAGAUAUAUACAUAUAUAUGUAUGUAUGUAUAUGUAUAUAUAUAUAUAUAUAUAUAUAUAUACAUAUAUGAAUAUAGAAUAUAUCUGCAUGCUGCGAAAAAAACGAUGCACGCACUAAUAUAUAAUAUAUCAAAAUGAAAUUAUUUGUAUAAUUUGUGCGCACGUGCAUAUAGAUGUAGAUUCUCUUGCAGAGAGAUUUGUUUAACAUCUCUAUGUUAAUAUAUAUAAAUAUUUAUAAUGCAUUUUAUAUUCAACCAAAAAUGGUAGAAAGUAUGGUUGAAACAAAUAAUUAUUCGAUUGUAAAUAAAUACGGAAAUCACGUUCUCAAUGCGUGAUUUCUCUCUUUUUCUCUCUUUUUUAUUGUUACUUUUCAUAAGAAACUAUCCAAUUUAUACCUAUAGGUAGAGGAUAAAUCGACGACCUGCGCAAAUAAACGAGCUCCAAGCCGAGCUCUAUAAUGUAAAUAUAGGCAAUGUACAGGUACAAAGGAAAUAUGCUGUAGGAAGACGAAGAGGAUGAGAAUACGAGGAGAUGAAGACUAAAUGUAUAAUGAAUGAAUGAGUCGCAUGAAGAUAUUAACUUUAAUUCCGUUAAUGUAUAAUUUUAUUUAUAUUUGAUCCAAUUUAUUCAAGCAUUCAUGGCAUAUUAUAUUUUAGUCAUCCCCCUAGUAACUGUAUUACAGUUUAGUGAUUCGUAUUAUAGAUAGUUACGCGAUAUGAAUUUCAAUAUACGAAUGAUGAAUCAUUGUGUACAUUAUUAUUUACGCUAUCUUUUCUUUUUUUUUUUUUCUUUUUUUUUGCGUUAUGUUAAGUGAUACUAAUUUUAGAAUGAAAUUUAGUCUUUGGAUGUUUUCUAAUGUAAUAGCAAUGUAAAAAAAGUGUAAUAUAAGACGUCCAAAGACAUUUGCCUAAAUAUCUCUAUGGGCAAUUAUUCUACUGAAUCUUUAAUGUGAUUAAAACAUUUUAUUAUUUAAUUCUUUAGUUCCAAUGUGCUUUAUUUUUGUGCUCGAAUUAGGUAAUAAUACUUUUCCAAAGAAACAAUCCAAUGCAAGCAGUAUAUACUUGCAGGCAAUUAUCUUGGACGAUGCUUAUUUAUCAGCGUUUACUGUUUGAUCUAUACAUGUAUAAGAAUCACAAAAUAUAUGUUAUUAUUUCUACUUGUUCCACAAA